UAUGACGUCGCAUUCAGGUCAAACCAUGGCGGGCUGUGUGUAUUUUUGCCGUUAAUUGUUUCCUUAGGUGUUUUUUUUAACGAUUUAUGUGCAUAUUUCACUCGUUAACGUUUUCAGGUGCUUUUCUCGUCAAUAGUGACUUAUAGGAUCUAACUUUCCCUCGACAAAAACGCGCUAAACCUUCGCAUCAUGUCCCAGAGCGACACGUCUCUCCUGGAUGAGGUGGAGCAGUGGAGCCAGGAAACCUGCCGGCGAGAGCUGCAGGCUGUGAUGCCGAAGCUAAUUUCUUUGCAGUAUGAGUCUGACAGCUGGGAAGAACACAUACGAAUCCUCAGGAUAAUAACACAUGUGUUCCUUCCUCACAUUGGACUGUCAGGGGUUGAAGAGGACUGUUUCUCCAAGAUUUUACCAAAGGCAGUGACGAUGUUUCACCGCUUGAUGAAGGAAAUCACGGAUCAAGUUGGUGGACUGUCAAGUCAAAACACUGAACUGCGCGACUUUCUGAGGACAGUUCUACAGGCAAUGGCGCAGAUAAUCGAUGCAUUAUCCACCUGUGUGCAUCACGUUAACUCUUUGGAGGAAACCCCGGAUCUGCAUCUCAUUCGUUCACUACCAAUGUGCAUCCUGACGGUCCUGAAGGAGACGUUCCAACACUGCAAGGACAGUGAGGUGGUUUACUGUGGCCGCCUGUCUUUGGUAGCAGACCUGCUGCAGGGGCUCUUCAAGGAAGCUUAUGCCCUUCACAAGGGUCUGUUGGAGGUCCUGGAUAAGAUCUCCCUGGACAGCCGAGCCUCGGACGAGGAGGUCUCAGACAUCGUAACAGUAAUCCACAGUCUGCUGGAUAUCUGCUCGGUUAUUUCCAACCUGGACAUUGCUCUGCAUGCAAACACCUGGAAGUUCCUCAUCAAACAGAGCCUGAAGCACCGGCCAUUGGUGGAAGAACAUCUCCGCCACGGUGACCUUAGCAGCAGCCUGUGUGACAACCUGCUGACCUCCUUCCACAACUGUGUGGAGCUGGCCGAGCAGAUUCAGCACGCCGGCUUACAGGACUCGACCCAAAGCACUGAAUACAAGCUGUUCCAGAAAACUGCAAAGAUGUGCAGGUUCUUUGCAAACACUCUGAUCCAUUACAUAAAGGAAUUCAAAUACUUUCUGACUAAGUACUGCAGCAGAUUUCACCAACUCUACCUUCAGAUUAUCACUAAAUUCCCCCCCAGCUUGUGCGCUCCUGCUCUGCCGGCGGCUCUCUCUGGGGAGUUGAGUGCAGCUGCUGCGGUUCCCAUGGAUGCCUUCCUGCUCCAGUUGUUGCCUUUGGGGCAGUUUGCUGACGUUGUUCUCCAGGUGGACCUGCAGUUAAACCCGGACCAGGAACUUCCACAUUGUCUCCUUCUGGCGAGCAUCAUGGGUCAGCUGACCUCUCAGCCCGAGGAGGUGCUGCAGCUCUGGUUCGCUGGCAGUCAGUUCCCCGAGGAGACACCCAGGCUUCCUCUCUACAAAGCUAUCUUUGACAGCUUCCGUCGAUGUGAUGUGGAGCGUAAAGUACCGGUUCUGUUGCCAGGGGUGAUGUUGAAGGGUCAGGCCCAGGCCCGGGUUUCUCUGCACCGCCACAUCUGCGUGCAGCUGUGCGCCAGCAUCGCUGCUCUUCCUCCGAAGCAUUUUCCCAUGCUGGAGCGCUGCUUGAUUGAUGCUGUUCUGCAGGCCGACACUCAGACCGCCCUCCUGGCCACAGAUGCGUGGUGCUUCACAGCCCGAUACGGGUCUGCGGAGCUCUGCUUCCACCAUGUCCUCCUCGUGGCUCAGCUGGUAAAAACAUGCCCCACUGAAUGUUACCGGAUGUCCCACCUGGGAAUCCUGUUGAAACGGCUGGUUUUUCUUAUGACGCCAAAACACCAGGAGCAGCUCGUGGAACACUUCCCGCCGUCUGAGCUGGAGAACCGAGCAGUGUGGGAUAACAUCCUCUUCGGAGCUCUCUCGCAGGACACUCGGCUCCGCGUGGAGGCUGACAUGAUUAGUCUGGCCCAAAACGCUCUGACGGACUGGAGAAACGGCGGAUACAAGAUGGUGCAAGUGGAUCAAGUGAAUGUGGCGCUGUCGGCCCUCCUGUCGGUGGUGAGAGGGCAGUUGUCCCCCACAGCUCAGCCUGCAGUGGAAAUGAUCACGGAAGUCUGGCUCCGGAUGAGUCCGGCUCAGGUGCAGAGCUGCCCCGUGCUGCAGGACACUCUGCAGCUGCUCUUGUCUGUGACGGCUGCUCUGGUGAAAAACGCCGAACCCCACGUCCUUUGUCAGGCGCUGUCAUGUCUGGACGCCGUGGUUUCUGGGACGUGUCCGGAUCAUCUGCUGCUGGCUGCUCUGGACUUCCUUUCCUCCAUGGGGAAGGUCUUUGUUCCUCCGGAAAGUCAGAGUCCGGUUCUUCCAAAGCUCAGUGGUCUGUUUGGAGUCCUUCUGGCUGACAAAUCCUGGUUGGUGCAGCAGCACGCCCUGGAGGCCUUCUCCUUUUUUGCAGAAAACACAAACCACGAGGAGGUCAUUUCCCAGAGUUUGUGUGUGGAGGAAACAAAGACCAGAGUGGUCCGUUAUCUCAGCAAGACUCUCAGUCCUCAGGAAAACGCCGAGCUGCGGCUGCAGAGGCUCAGGGAGGAGAGUCCGGUUCUUCAGAAGUUCCUCCAAAAGCUCGAGAGCGCAGAGACGGCUUGCAGUCCCCCUGCAGCUGAAAGUGAGGCGGCGGUGGCCUCUGAGCCGUGUCCUAAAAGAGCUCGGCAGGAAUCCAGCGCAGAGGAGGAGUACAGCCGCUACCUGCAGACCGCCGAGAGCGCUUUCACGGCCCUUCAGGUUCUGCUCCAGGGUAGAGGCGCCGCCGACCCGCCUCCUCCGCCGUGGCUGGAGCCCAGACUACAGGAGCUGCAGGUCCUCAUGACACACAUCACCUCCUCCACGUCCAAAACGUCGUAGCUGCAGCUUCGUCCUCUCCCCCAAUCCCGAAGAGUUAUGAGAAAGAUUUUAGCUGCUCAAAGCGCUUUUUGUGUUGCUGUUAAUAAACGAGUCCUGCUUUUUUCACAACA